AAAAAAGCCCUGGUAAGUUGAUUGAAGAUGUCUCAUGCUGUCAUCUAUAACUCUGUUAUUUUUCAGAUACAUCUCUCCCUGCCACAUUGCAUAUUUUAUUCUGAUUUGGGGAAAAUGUACUCAGCCUUUCCAGUUCUAAUAAAAACAACUCAGUCUGUACUAAAAGCUUACCAGAAACUCAAGACAGAUGUGCUAAAUUUGCUCCAUGAGAUUACAUUUCAUUUUGUCUCUGUCACCUUCAGUAGAUCUCCCCCAUGACAAUGUCUUCCAUUAAUAUUGAGUGUGUCCUGCCUGAGAACUGCCGGUGUGGUGAGUCUCCAGUGUGGGAAGAAGCAUCCAACUCUCUGCUCUUCGUAGAUAUUCCUGCCAAAAAGGUGUGCCGGUGGGAUUCACUCAGCAAGCAAGUUCAUCGAAUGACCGUGGAUGCCCCAGUCAGCUCUGUGGCUCUCCGCCAAUUAGGAGGCUAUGUCGCCACAAUUGGAACAAAGUUCUGUGCUUUGAACUGGGAAGAUCAGUCAGUCACUGUCUUGGCCACAGUAGAGAAAGACAAGAAAAACAAUCGAUUCAAUGAUGGGAAGGUGGAUCCCGCUGGUAGAUACUUCGCUGGCACCAUGGCUGAAGAAACAGCCCCGGCAGUUCUAGAACGGCACCAAGGGUCCCUGUACUCCCUCUUUCCUGACCACCAUGUGGAAAAGUACUUUGACCAGGUGGACAUCUCCAAUGGUUUGGAUUGGUCCCUGGACCACAAAAUCUUCUAUUACAUUGACAGCCUGUCCUACUCAGUGGAUGCCUUUGACUAUGACCUGCAAACAGGAAAGAUCUCCAACCGCAGAAGUGUUUACAAGCUGGAGAAAGAAGAACAAAUCCCAGAUGGAAUGUGUAUCGAUGCUGAGGGGAAGCUCUGGGUGGCCUGUUACAAUGGAGGAAGAGUGAUUCACUUAGAUCCUCAGACAGGGAAAAGACUCCAAACUGUGAUGCUGCCUGUUGAUAAAACAACCUCAUGCUGCUUUGGAGGGAAGUUUUACUCUGAAAUGUAUGUGACCUGUGCCCGGGAUGGAAUGGAUCCUGAGGAUCUUUUACAGCAACCUAAAGCUGGUGGAAUUUUCAAGAUAACUGGCCUGGGGGUCAAAGGAAUUCCUCCCAAUCCUUAUGUAGGAUAAGUGACAGACUUUUCCUACUGGAGGAAACUUUGAAGACAACUAAAAAAUUCUGGAGCUGAAAUUUCAAUCUAGUUACCAAAAAAUGAGGCAAUGAUAUAACAGAAUUAAAUUUGUAUUUUCUAUUUUUAAAAUGUAGAUAUUUUUAACAAGGGGUGGCAGGUGGAUUUGAUAACAUACUAUAAGGCAUUCUGCAAAUAUACUACAUAACUGUCAAGAAUUGUUCUACUGUCAGCCAGCCUCUUGACUCUGAAAAUUGCUGGUGGACAGGGGGAGAGGGAAGAGACUGUAUCUGUUCUGUAUCUUGCAUUCCAUACUUACUAUACCUAAACCUUCAAACAAACUAAUAAAUAAUAAUCUGGUAAAGUCAUUAUAA